AUGGCAACUGGUGGAAGGAAAAAUAAUGCUACACUUGGAGUCUUUAUUGCGGUGUUAGUUGUUACGAACUUUAUCUUUUUAUCAAAGCUGCGUCAGGUUACCAUGGUUGAAAUCUCAGAAGCUGAUUCUGAUUUUAAUCUUCCAGUUGUAAAUGGAGUGGCAUCACAAAUGGGACCUCUCCCUCCACAUCCACCGCGUUCUGGACAAGUGCAUGGACCAUCAGCAGGCAAAAAGGGAAAAGCCAAGUUGCAAGAACCAGAAAUAAAAAAGGUGUCAAAGCAGGAUUACCUUUGGACAGAUGGUGAAGCAAGAGAUAGCAUCGCAUUCUUUUCAACAUAUCGAUCACCGAUACCGCUCGACAUAUUCUCUUGUCCAAUUCCACCAACAUCGAGCCAAGAUGAACUUAGCAUGACUGAUGGGACGUCCUACAAUUACAACGGUCGUAUCACAGGCAUGAUUUUUGUCUCCGAACGAGACAGCCUUGAAUUGCUUCACAUAGCUCUCAGUCGCAAUGACGUAAAACCGCCCAGCGUAUCAGUCUACAGCUUAGCUGAAGUUUUCCGAAGAUUUUACAGCAGAUCCGACGGUGUUCAAAUGGAAGACAGCGGUUGCUUUACCAAUGACCAUCUCAUCUUUGUCAGCACCAAAGAAAAACCUACUGAACGUCGUCAGCCUUGGACUGCCGUUUAUAAAACCAAUCUUAUAACCGGAAAAACUGACCGUCUCACACCACGAGAUCAGGCAGAUUUAAACCCCUCUGUAUCCCCAUCUGGAAAGAAGAUAGUGAUGGCGUCGUUUGAGGGAACGCAAGGUUGGGAUGGUGCAGUCGAAGAUCUAAAGACUAACAUUUAUGUCAUGAAUGUAGAGGAGAAGUAUGAUCGCAGGUUAGUUGUAAAGAAUGGAAGGUGGCCGACUUGGGGAAGUGAAGAUAUCAUUUUCUUCCACCGUAAGGAUGAUAAGAGACUCCCUGAGGAUUCAACAGAGAUGAACUAUUGGGGUGUGUACAGAGUUGAUAUCAGCAGAGCUGGCGAAAUGCAUGUGCGCGUGACCCCGGAUAAUAUUGAUGCGUUCACUCCGGCAGCCAUCGACUCCACCACGAUAGCUGUUGCUACUACUCGGCAGAAAUCAGAGUUCGGUGACACCCGUGUUGAUGCACAAUAUCGUCAUAUUGAGAUUUUUUAUUCAACAGGAGGACGAGAACCCACACAAAUAACUCCGAAAAAUAGAUCAAAGGAUGACCAUUUCAACCCCUUUGUGAUAGGUGAUGGGAAGCGCAUCGGCUACCAUCGUUGCGCCAGUGUCGUCGACGAUAAAGAAAAGAUCAAAAGACGGUUUCAAAUAGUCACUUCUCCGAAUCCAGAUGUCGGACUAUUCAGGGUGGGAGGAUUUCCAACCUUUUCUAAAAAUGGAUCUCGACUUGCAUUUGUUGACAGUGAUUCCAAAAUCGUGUGGGUACUUGACAAGGAACACCUAUAUGAAGCUUUCGAGCUAACUCGGAACAGCAUUUUCUCGCCAGUUUGGAACCAAAAUGAUAGAAAGGACACGCUGUAUGUAUGCGUAGGACCUUCUUUCAUCCCUGAUGACACUGUAGAUAUCUGCGCAGUCCGGAAUGUGUCGCGUGGAAGAAGGAAAAUGCAGCAGCUCACAGAUGGAGGGUUCAAUAAUGCCUUCCCAUCCAGCAGUCCAGACGGGUAUGAAAUUGUUGUACUCCCAAUGUGUACUGAUGGGUCGAAAAUAGCCAACAGGUCAAAGAAUAGUUUACCGAUCUACAAGAAACGGGGGGAAUUUGGUGUACCAGAAAAAGAUGAUGGUCUUGACCCAAGAUCUUUUGCUGUGUAUCUAGUGAAUCCGGAGGCUUCUGAUGCUGUAAGAGUGAUAGAAAGUGGAGAUGGUUUCAUGGGGUUUGUAAACCAUCCAUUUUUCAGUCCGGAUGGACUAAGCAUUGUUGUGACUUCAGAUUUUGCUGCAGUGUCUGUUGAUCCCAUAUCGUUGCCUAAGUUUGUUCACUCGGCCAGGCCUUAUGGAGACAGACAGACUGAAUAA